GAGCUCAACAAUGGCGUGAAGCUGUGCCAGUUGGUGGGUGUGCUUCAGAGAAAAGUGGCCCAGAGCUGUCACUCAGACCAUUGGGAGUGUUUCCCCAUGCAGAGAGUAACCUGCAAAAAAGACGCCUCCCCCGGCUCCUUCUUUGCCCGUGACAACACCGCCAACUUCCUGCGCUGGUGCCGGCACUUGGGCGUGGAUGAGACCUACCUGUUUGAGUCGGAGGGUUUGGUGUUACACAAGGAACCCAGGCAAGUGUGCCUUUGCCUGCUUGAGAUUGGGAGGGUUGUGUCCAAGUUUGGGGUGGAACCUCCUGCUCUGGUGAAGCUGGAGAAGGAGAUUGAGCUGGAGGAGACCCUCCUGUUGAACAGCAGCCCCGCCCCAGCUGUGAAGACCUUCACUGUAUGCUGUCAACAUGGAGGCCUUUACCAGGCGGUGCAGGACAUGGCACAGGACCCUCCCUGUAACUGUGCUAACAGGCUCUCCAUAGAGUAUCUUUCAGAGGGACGCUACAGACUGGGAGACAAGAUCCUCUUCAUCAGGAUGCUGCACGGGAAGCAUGUGAUGGUGCGUGUUGGGGGUGGCUGGGACACGCUCCAGGGCUUCCUCUUGAAGUACGACCCUGGCCGCGUACUGCAGUUCACAACCCUGGAACAGAAAAUCCUGGCCUUCCAGAAGGGUCCGCAAGGGCCUGCCCUGGGCAUCCCCCCCGCCCCCGGCCGGACCCCCCACCCCCCAGCCAUGGAUCCUCUGUCAGCCGUCGAAUUAUCAGCCGCCUCAUCCAAACCCACCACCCCCUUGCCCGCCCCCGUGCAGACUGCCCCUCGAGGGCAUGGCCCCUCCUCUGCCACCACCCCGUCCCUGCCCAGAAGCAAUGCCGUGCCCAAAAAAGCCCUGCAGCUGAAUUCUCAGUCCACCGUGGCCCCAAAAAAGGUCCUCCAGAUGCCCCCUCGACCAAACACCUCACAGAGUGCUUCUGCCAAGAAGCCUCAGCCUCAGUCCCGGCCCCAGGGCCCCCCAGAUCUUACCAAGACAGGUGGGACCCAGCGGAGGCCCCUGACGAGCCCUCCUGCCCCGUCCAAGGUCACAGCCUCUUCUCGAGGGACUCAGCCUCAGACUCGAAGCCCUGUUUCCUCUGAACCCUCCUGUAAAUACCCCAAAUCCUCUGCCGCCCCCAGGGCACAGCUCUCCUCCGCCAGCCGCCGCCCACCGCUGUCCGCCCCUGCGAGGGUAGCCUCUUCGUCCUCCUCCUCCUCCUCCUCCUCUGCUUCCUCUCAGAGGGUGGCGCAGAAGGGGAGCAGGCAAGACAGGCAGGCCGCCGCCCCUCUCCGCACCCGGGUCUCCCAGAGGCGCGCCGGGUCACCUGCCUCGCGGCUUAAGCUGGACACCCAGGGAGCCCGAGGUUUGCGCCCCACCCCCCAAGUGCCUGCCGCGGUUGGGGCGUCUGCACCCAGGGUGCGGGGUACAGCCACCGCAGGCGGGGCUGGACCUUCUGCCCGCACCAGAGUGCAGACCCCUUCCUUGCGGACUCAGACUCAGACGCCCCUGCCCAAAUCCUCUGCCCUCCUCAGGAGCAAGGAUGUGCCAGCCAAAACUCAACCCCCUGCCAGAGCUGUUCCAAAAACUGCCAAAACCUCACGGAACCUGCCUGGACCAGCUCCAGGGGCCCCCUGCUGCCCUCCACGCGCUGUCAAGGGGAGCCAGAGGACAGCUCCUGCCCCGCAAAGGGUAGAACAAAGACAACCACCUCCAUCCUGCUCUUCAGCUCCUGGGAGAGGCAUGCAGAAAUCAGCCAGGGCCCCUGGCCCAGCUGUCAAAAAGCCCCCCUCCAACAUAAAGGCCCCAGCCCCCGCAAACAAGAGCUUGCCUCGCUCCAAGAAAAACCCAGAGCUGACAAAAAAGCACGAGGACCCUUAUUUUGAAAUGAACAGCAAAAAGAAGCAGAAGAGCUGAGCUUGCUGUGGGCAGUCAAAAAAGUAUGAUGUCAUGAGGGUCUGUAAGGUCGGCGGCCAAAGAAUACAGUGUCCUCACAAAGACGCAAAAUCCUGUUUAGUGAGACUCACUGCACACAUUUAACUGGUGUCCCAAACAGAUUAUCUACUGACCAGCAGUGCGAUGGGCAGAAUGGAAAAUGAUACCCUUCCAGGUAUAAAUGAAGCACUUGACCUACACUGAAAUGCAUCAUACUUCAGUGAUUUCCAGAAUUAUAUCCUUGCCCAGUACUAUUUCCAUGGUACCUAAGUGCUGUACCCCACUAAAGGGGUCUUUGUUUUGUGUGUUAUGUACUUUUUUAUGUUUUAAUUUAACAAUGAAUUUGAGUUUUAUUUAAAAGCUAUUUUUAAAAGGUCAGUUUUUUUUUUAACACAAUUUGAGCGCGCAGUGAACAGUUGCCACCUACAGACCAUGAUACGUGAGGUGUCGCCUCCUUCAUUGUUAAUUCUGUUGGUCUCGAUAUGUUUGGUUUUCAUUGAAGAAUGGGGAUCAGUUAUGCUUUUGCAACCAAACAUUUUCAGUUUGCCCAUUGAUAAUAGUUUGGUAAAAUGAUUUCUGAAGGGGAGUCUCCAUACCUGUGGCUACAUUUGAC